AUGGCAUUUCCAGCUAAGAUAUCAAGACAAUUCGGUUACAGGCGGAUUUUCACAUUUUUCACAAUUUUAGACAUUUACGUUAAGUUUUGUGGGUUGCAAAAAGAAGAUACCCACCAAAGCCACACUGAUUCUAAUGAUGCAGCAUUAAAGGAUUCAUUACAAACAGAAACAAACACAUCCAUUAAACAAGAUACUUCGAAACUGCUGCAUACUACUGGUAUUGAGAGCGAGUCAAAAACACCAUUGAGCAAAUUUGAUAAGAUACUUGCAGACGAGCAAAUUAAAAACCUAUUGAAAGAGCCAGUCCUUCAAUUCCAUUUAGUAACGAUCCUUUCCAUUAUCCAAGAAGGUUUUAUUAGAAACUUGAACCAUGAACAGAAACUAGAAGUAAUGAAUUUGAAAUUAACAGACUUGAGGGCAGGAGGAGUAGAGGAAAACGAAAUCGUGGAGGAGUUUGUGCAAAGAGUAUUAGAUCUCAAUGAACAAAUACAAUCUUGA